AUGUCAACGGUCACACCAUCCUCACGUACUCACGUGAAGGAGCUGCUUGAGGUACUCGGUAUGAAGACACUUAAUCACAAGGCGACGUUCAGAAGCGCCCUUGGUCAGUUCUGCCGACUCAGCCCCAAGUACAAUCGUCUCGAACUGCAGUACGCCGAUACGCCUGCCCAUAACGACUCACUUUUUGCGGCUGCCGCUACCGAUAAACCACCUCGCAAGAGACGUCGGGUUGCCCCAACCAAUAUCAAUGCACCCUUCCCAAACGGCAUAACCCAAGAGAUUGGACAGCAACCGCCUCAGGGUACUGCGCCCCAGCUCACCAGGGCUGUUCUCGGGACGGAAAGGCGCAGGCUUCAGCCACAACUGCGCCAGAGUAGGGGUUAUUUUGGAAAUGCAGGCCUCUCAAGCUACAACAUCCUCCAUCGCGACCUUGACUCUCCCGAGUACCAAUUCCGCAAAUUUAGCUUCCAGAGCAACAAUGUCCCUGUGGGACACCAGAUACAAGUCAACCAUUUGCUUAAACGCGCCGCAUACCGACGUUGCCGAGGGUCGCCUCUCCCCCGCGGCCGCAAACAGCAAGCAGCAGAUUCAAUCACACCCCUCAACGACCCCUUCGAUGACGAGGUUCUCCCACUUUAUGGCGAGUCUGAUGAAGAAUAUGACUCGGAAACUUGGAAAGAGAUUCAAGAAGAACAGGGAGAGCGUAGGAGCCGACAACCACACAGCAACAGUCUCACUGCCCAAGCGAUCGAAAUUAUCCUUAACGAGAUAUUCUAG